AAGUUCUUCCUUCGCAUAAUAUUACCAGAAAUAUUUUAAAUUGUUUACUUCUUUUUUUUCCCUUUUCUGUCGUAGUCGCCGAUACCAAAGAUAGAGUGACAAGAUUUUUCUGUUUUACAUUCGCGAUCUAAGAUGAGUGUGUGCGUCGCUGUGGUCGGGCACCAGAACAAUCCGCUAUACAUACAAAGCUUUACAGAUGCCGAUGAUGCGUUGAAGCUUCAUCACAUUGUUCACUGCUCUCUCGAUGUUAUCGACGAACGAGUAAAUAAUCCGAAAAAAUCCGGACCUCUGCUGAAUGAGACUUUUCUUGGUCUACUUUACCCGGCUGAUAAUUACAAAGUAUUUGGCUAUCUGACCAAUACAAAGGUAAAGUUUAUAUUGGUGACAACAGAUGUUGAUGUCAGGGAUGCAAGCGUAAGAAAUUUUUUUAGAAGGUUCCACUCUGCAUAUGUUGAUGCUGUCUCAAACCCAUUUCACGUUCCUGGUAAAAAGAUAACCUCCAAGACCUUUGCUGGAAGAGUCAGUGCUAUUGUCAGCUCAUUUGGGUCAAGCACCACUACGGAUUAGCACCAGCCAUUGAAGGAUAAACAUUCUGGCAUCAACAAAGAACACAGGGGUGGAGCUCUUUAAUCAUCUUUUUCCCUUUUACGCUCUCAGGGGGGUGGGAUGGUUACUAGAGUUUACAGCGAUGUCUCUCAUUGACUAUAUGGUCUAUACCUUUCUUUUUUUGUUGAUGAACUUGGAUAUAUAUAGAGCUCCUGUAGAGUUUACAUUGAAAGGUGUUAUUGACUAUUCCGUUUGGUAAUGAAUUUGGACAGGUGUUAAGCAUACAGUAUGUAAGAUAAGAUCUUUUCAAAAUACUAGGUUUUGAUGAUAUAGUUUUAUGUCAAA